CUGCUUCUGACACUUAGGUUAACAACACGACUCGUGUACGAUGCUUAAAAAAACCCAACUGCAUUUGUAUUUAAACGUGCUCUGCAGCUGCAGCGCAGCCGGAUGUAUCGUCUCCCGCGCCACGUUCGGCGUUAUCCAAGCUGCGUUCACAACCACCGCCGUGUUCUUGUUUGUCGCUAAAAGAGAAACUACUUCCGCACGAGCAUGUUUUCGCUCCGCAGUGGACGGGUUGUGAAGAGAGUCCCGCCUCGGGCUGCUCGCCUCUCACCUGCUCUGUGCUUUGCUCAAAACACUAAAAUUGUGCAGAAGAAGCUGAAAGCCGCGGACCCGUCCAGUCCUCCUCCUCCCGGGCCCUGCACCGCGGCCCUGUCGCCCGAGCAGCUGGACAGGAUCUCCCGCAACAAGAGAGCCGCGCUGGAGCGACUCGCCGCGGCGCAGCCACUUCCGGGUUUCGGGGAGAGCUGGAGGAAGGAGCUGUCCGCAGAGUUUGGGAAGCCCUACUUCAAACGAUUGACGGAGUUCGUGUCCGAGGAGAGGCAGCGCCACACCGUGUUCCCACCUGCGGAGCAAGUCUUCACCUGGACACAGAUGUGUGACGUCCGAGACGUCAAAGUGGUGAUCCUUGGUCAGGAUCCGUAUCAUGGUCCGAACCAGGCCCACGGAUUGUGCUUCAGUGUCAAAAGACCAGUGCCUCCUCCACCCAGUUUAGGGAACAUGUAUAAAGAACUGGUUUCAGACAUCGAAGGCUUCCAGCACCCUGGGCAUGGAGAUCUGACUGGAUGGGCCCAACAAGGUGUUCUGUUGCUCAACGCUGUGUUGACCGUCCGAGAGCACCAGGCCAACUCCCACAAAGACCGAGGUUGGGAGACCUUCACUGACGCCGUAGUGCAGUGGCUCAGCGACAACCUGGAGGGCGUCGUCUUCAUGCUUUGGGGGUCAUAUGCCCACAAGAAGGGGGCUGCUAUCAACAGGAAACGCCACCACGUGCUGCAGACUGUUCAUCCCUCUCCCUUGUCUGCUCAUCGAGGAUUCUUCGGGUGCAGGCAUUUCUCAAAGGCCAACGAGCUGCUGAAGGAAUCUGGAAAGUCGCCCAUAGACUGGAAGACACUUUAAGUUCUUAUACAUGUCAGCUUUCUAUUUGUGUGACAAUUAACUACAGACCAGAACCCACCCAUAAGCUUUCACAGUUUUCUGUUCCUACAAAAGAAUGUGCAUUUUCCUUUCCUCAAUGAAAGUUUGUUGUACCCCGAAUUUUUUUGGGGGAAAAGCUUGAAUUCAUUGUUCCAGUGUAUAUUUGUUUCAUCAGCACUUGUCAGUUUCAACGUUGUUAAUAUGUUUGUGUACACUAUUGGCCUUUUAGUUCACUCAUUAAAGUUGGCUUUUUGGUUUUAACUGAAAACGUUUUAUUACAGUUCCAUUAAAAUGGUUCUUAAAGGUG